AUGGGCGCCGCUGGCCUCCCACGGAUCCUCCCACCGCUUGCCGCUUUGCUGCUUUUGUGCAUAAACGGCCCUAUUUUCGCCCUGUGCCAAAACGGGGAUGGGCCUGGAUCUGGUGCCGGGACGGGCGGCGGCGAGCCGGCCACCCUGACCGACUUCUACUCCCGCCUGGGACCGGAUGCCUUCAGCGUGGACUACAGGGCCGCCGCGCCGGACGUGGACGAGGCCCUGGGAUCGCUGACCGCGCUGGACGGCAGGCGGCUGGGCGCGAUCAGGAGCAGGUACGUGCCAAUCAAGGGCCGCGUGCUGCUGCGGACGCUCCGUGAGGCGACUGGUGGCAAUGCGCCUCGGGACGACGUGGUCAUCCAAUCCAACAUUGGCCCGGGUGAGGUGGCCAUAGUGCCGCCUGCCUACCUCCACUCCACAAUCAACCCCACGUGCCAGGAGACCGAGCUGCUGACCUUCUACCCUGAGGGAGACCCUGGCCUGUUCACGGCGCAGCAGCUGUACCUCUUGAGCGCCCCGGAGAUACGCGCGGUCACGGGUCAGAACGAGAGCGAGAUCGCGAACCGCCGCGGGGGCCUUGGGGCUGGGCCGCCUGUGUUUCUGCCAUUCGACUGCACGUCAGAGGGAGGCGACCUGCCGUACGAUUGCGAGUGCUCGGGGCCCAACCCCUGCGGAUAG